GAUCGUCGACGCCUGUACACGCAAUGACAGUAUAGAAUCUAGACCCCCGUUAAUGCAAGACAGACAUUUUUCGUCGCCUGCACCUCUGCGCCCUUCGAAUUAUGACUGGAGUAUUUGACAGAAGGAUUCCGAAUAUCAAACCUGCAGAUUUUCAAAACCCUUUUCAGAUUUCGACCAUGCACCACCCGUCUCAGGAAUCUCCAACACUACCCGAAUCAACGGCCACGGAUUCUGGCUACUAUAGUCCUGCCGGUGGAGUUCACCAUGGGUAUUGCUCGCCCAACUCAACCUCCUAUGGAAAAUCGCUUAACGCAUAUCAGUACCAGUAUCACAGUGUUAACGGAUCGGCUGGAAAUUACUCUGCAAAAUCUUACCCAGAUUACAGCUCUUACACCACCGCUGCCUACCAUCAAUAUGCCGGAGCGUAUAGCAGAGUUCAGUCACAACCCAGUCCACAAGAAAAAGAGGUAGCAGAGCCCGAAGUAAGAAUGGUAAAUGGAAAGCCCAAGAAAGUCCGGAAACCACGAACCAUCUACUCCAGUUUUCAGCUCGCCGCCUUACAGCGGCGGUUUCAAAACACUCAGUACCUCGCCCUUCCCGAGAGAGCGGAGCUGGCCGCGUCGUUAGGUCUUACACAGACACAGGUCAAAAUAUGGUUUCAAAACAGGCGAUCCAAGCUGAAGAAGAUCAUGAAGAACGGGGAGCUUCCUCCAGAGCACAGUCCGAGUUCCAGUGAUCCGAUGGCUUGCAAUUCCCCUCAAUCACCCGCAGUAUGGGACUCACAAGGCCCCCCGAGGCCUCAUAACCACCAGAAUCAGCAAAGCAUCAACACGGCGGCUUCUACCUUUUUGGAGAACUCUAGCUCAUGGUAUUCCAGUGCUAGUAAUAUGAAUUCACACCUCCAGGCGCCCAACUCAUUACAGCACUCGCUCGUUCUUGGAUCAGGAACGUUGUACUGAAAACCCCUCACUUAUUUUUUGUUGUAUCGGACUGGUGUGUAAAUUCUUUUUUGAGGAAUAUGCAAUGUAUUAAUAUGACAGUCAUAGAAGAACGUGUAAAAUGUGUAAAUGUGUGCAUGUAAUUUAUUGCAUUUGGAAGACUUAUUAAAUGUUUUAAAUGGACAUUGGAGAUCCAAAUACUUUGGUGCCUUGAAUUUUGACCUCAACACUAACUUAACAUUUCUUGUAUAAUUUUUCAGUAUAGCCAAGAUGGCAAUGGAAUUGUAUAUUGCAAGGACUACACCGAAAAAAUAAACAGCUGACUUAUGAUACUAUAUUUUA